AUGCCGCGAAAGGUGUCAAUACGCGAGCUGCACGAGCCGUACGAGAGCUAUUCAUACGCUGAAUUGCGUCACGAGCUUUCUAUACGUUGUAUCCGUUUUUCUCGACGUGUAACAAAUCGUGCAAAUUUCAUUAAAUUGCUACGAGACUGGGACAAGAAAAACCCGUUAUCAGCUACUCGAGUCAAUGAGACUUCAACUCCAAUAACAACAAGACGGACGAUGAGUUCUGGAUCACCGACGAACUGCACACGAUCAAUACGAGCACGUCGUGGUUGCCGCUUUCGUCUUAUUAAUGUACUACUAAGUCCGGAAUUUAACGGCCGCUGGGAUGCCAUGACUGGAAAACUACAAGUGAAUGAGCUAUGGCUCGACGUUCAUACUGCCUUUAUGUCUGAGAAUUCCAUGCUGGAUGCAAUUCAAUUUCAUGAUGCACUCUUUGUAAACGUCACACCUAAUGUUAUUCUCCCACAUUCGCCCUCGCGUCUGCUACAAAUGUGGACGGAGAUCGUUGCGAUGUAUCGCAAUGCUGUGGCACAGGCCAAGGAGGCAGCAGCGAAUAAUGGAAAUACGCAGUCGUUUUUUGACUUUUGUGCCGGUAGAUUGGACCUGCUAUAUCUACACAUGGCAAUGCUACUGGAGCCCAAGCUCUACGAGUUUAUCUUGUCGGACAAAAUUCCGAUUCCGGAGCCUUUUAGCAAGAGCAAGGCUAAACUGCUACUAACUGACGCGUCAGAUGCUACAAACGGCAAGUCACAAGCAGCUGUCAAUGCUGUAACACGUACGACAGUAAAUAAGGUGUCAGGAAAAACUACGGAGAAUCAUGUGUCUACUUGCGCGCCUACUGAUCCUGCUACUGCUACAACUCCUUCUGUCACUACUGAUACUUUUUCUGCUACUUCCAGUGGCCGUUCUCCUGCAACAGUUGCAAAAGAAGCCACUCAGUCGAAAGCUUGUAAAGUACCAACACAAAAUCCAGAGAUGGAAGAAGUUCCGGCACCGGCGCGCUCAAAGGCACGAGUAAUUGCCGCAUCGACACCGAUGGCGGCUGCAGGCAAGGCUAACAAUGCAGGUAUCAAAGUUAAGCAGACGAACUCGAUUGCGCUUGCUCAUACGCCUGCUGCUCAGAAAGACCUGCAAAAAGCAGCUGGCAAAGGGAAGACAUCAAGCGGUGCAAGCUUGGCGAAAGAGGCGAAGGGAAAGGUAUCACCGUCAAAGCCAAAACCGACAGCAGCCCAGCCAAAAGCUAAAGCUGCGAGCAAUUCUUCAGACGCAAAGAGGUCGUCGCUUGGAAAACGAUCGCAUGGAGUAGAGGACACAGCAAUUGUUGAGGUCCCAAGCGUGACCGACAUUGUACCGCACCCAGGCAAGCGGGUGCAUACGACAACAACAAUUUCUUCAGCUCUUGCUCCUCGAUCCACGGAGAUGAUGUUGCCUCCCGAUGAGUGGGACAUUCUGGAGAGUCGGCUACGAAAAGUGAACGAGAACAUUGCUCGGUGUCAUCAUGGGCUAGCAAGUGUUGAAGUAACCGUCAGUGAAAGUUACAAGCAGUCUUUGGAGGCUGAUCUGCGGUUUUAUUCCGCCAUUAAGCAGCGACUACAAGAGCAGCUCCUCGUAGUGAUGCAAAGUGGUUAUUAG